AAGAUAAAGAUUAAAAUACACGUGGUACAGUACGUCGAUGAUAUUCAUAUUCAGCGAGACGUGAAUAAUUAAUAUAGAUACGUUUGGAACUAAGAACACCAACUAUCAAAUUGAUUCAAAUACAAUAUUCGCAAUGAAGGAUUGAAGUUGAGGUAUCUACCACAAGAGCAUCAAGAACAUGGCGCCUAUAUCGUUUGCUCAGUGGUACGAGCGUUUCAUGAAAGGAUUGCGGAAUCAAGACCCAAAUCCUGUGCCACUUGACGAAGCAGAGCAUGCAGAAUUCUUUCGAAAAAGAAGAGAAGAUUAUGGAAGGACAGUCUAAGUAUAAAUAAGUUCAAAAACAGAAUGAGCAUGUUCUUCAUGAGGCUCUUGUUUACAACGUCGCGUAACACGAGUUACUUCUCAACACAGUUGCAGACUCACAGUUUAGUUAGGUUUUUUAGUACUACUACGUCUUCUAAUAACAACGAGAAAACGUGCAACCAGUAGGGACCAUAGAACAGGAUGCUGGUGGAGGAGGCAGUUACUUGGGCAAUACAUAUCGCGAGCUUCGAUCAUAUCUGAGUGAAUUGCCGGAUGCCGAUGACGUUUUGGUAUUCCACCUCAGUAGCUGCUUGUUCUGUUGGAUGAUCUGGCGGAUUAUACCUGUACCUGUAGUCCUAAGUAAAUAGCUUUUUCCAUGCAUAAUAAUGAAGCUACUCAGGACUACCGUCCAUCGACUAUAACGAGGACAUGACGCUGAUGCCUCGCGCAAAGAGAGUAGAGAUCAUGCGCUCGCAUGAAGCGCGUUGUAAAGGGAAGUGCUUAGUCAGUAGAUGCUUCUCUAAACCCCUGGAGUGGGUACAUUCAUUCAUAUUCAUAUUCGCAAUCACUGACUCACUGAUUCAUUCACAAUCACAAUCACAAUCACAAUCACAAUCACAAUCACAAUCACAAUCACAAUCACAAUCACAAUCACAAUCACUGACUCACUGACUGACAUCAGUCCUGACUCAAUAUCAACAAUAUGACUCAUAUUUUUCCACUUAAGCCAUGUCCGCGCUCGAGAUGCGGAAGCUCCAGCAUUUUGGCCGUUAGGCGCAAAUUUGGGGGCUACGCUAUGUAGUUUAUUGCAUAUUUAUUACCUCAGGGACCGGGAAUGACUGGCGGUGAAUUUUUCUCGUGGUCUCCGUUCGCGUACGAAGUGACAAAGCCGCAUCAAAAAAUCUACAAUAGUUGUACGAAGAUCAAAAAUUAAGGCUCAACUUUCAUUGGUCAUAGAGGUUGGUCACUGAAAUCGAAGGGGGUCCCUCUGAGAGAACAGGGGAAAAUGAAGGGAAAGGGGAGAGCCUUGGAGGAGGUCUCUUCCGUUCAGAGUCAGUGACCAAUGAAUGCUGAGCUUUAAAAAAACGACCUCGGCAAUUGCAUGCUGCACUCUCCCUGCUUCCAAUCCGGCGCCGAUUUCCAGGAAUGCAUGCAGAGCAACGACAUAAACUGGGUCACGCAAGAGUGCUACGAUAUGCGGUUUGGGUAUCACCAGUGCAGAAGAGACAUCCACAGAAGAAACGAGGUCUGGCAAUUUGGCAACAAAUGGUCGAACUAAAGAAUUUUUAGAGAAAUUUAGGUGAACAAUUUUUAAUUUAAAUUUAGAUGAAUGGCUUGAAGAUUUAGAUUUACAGCAUGAUUUAUUUGGGAGGUUUGAGAUUCUUUGUAGUUGUAUUGCGCUUCAUUUGAUGUUUUUUUACGAGGGACAUCACAUUCACAAUGCCAACGAUUGGUGCCCUUCUGCGGUAGGAAAAGUCGAUAGAUCUUGUUCUCAAUUUUGUACUUGUAGUUUCGGUAUUUCCUUGGACCGACACGGUGAAGAUUCUGUGAAUUUCGUGCCAGG